GGGCCAUUUGCAGCAAUCUCAAUCCGGGCUUUCGCUGUGGACCCUGUCCGCCCGGCUUCGAUGGCAUCCAUGCACAUGGUAAAUAUUGUCUUUUUCUAAUAUCUUAUUACUAUAAUAAUAUUGAUUCCUUGCAGGCUAUUCGGCGGACUACUUGGCAGUGGGCUUUCAAAAGCAAACCUGCUUGGAUAUAGACGAGUGCAAAAUGGGCUUCUUUAGAUGUCCGGAACAUGCUGUCUGUCAUAAUAGCAUUGGCUCCUACAGAUGUCAGUGUCAGGAUGGCUAUGUGGCGAAUGGCACCUUCAGCUGUCUAUCUGCGGCCGAUCUCUGUCCCGAUGGCAGCAUCUGCGCCAGAAAUGCCGAGUGCGUGCCCACGGAUAAUUAUCAUUACCAAUGCCGCUGCAGCGUCGGCUGGGCUGGCAAUGGGCGUGUCUGUGGCAGGGAUCGUGACCUGGAUGGCUGGCCGGAUGAGUCGCUGAACUGUGCGGAGGCACAUUGCCGCCGCGACAACUGUCCAGACUUGCCGAAUUCUGGUCAGGAGGAUGCCGAUCUGGAUGGCAUGGGCGAUGGCUGCGACGAUGAUGCCGACAGCGACCAGGUGUUAAAUGGCAAGGACAACUGCCCGUUUGCCUACAAUAGCGAUCAGCUGGACUCGGAUCAUGAUGGCGUGGGUGAUGCCUGUGACAAUUGUGUCUUUAUUUCGAAUCGGCGGCAGCUGGACACCGACGAGGAUGGCCUGGGCAAUGAGUGCGACGAGGACAUGGACAACGAUUCGGUGCUUAAUCAGUAUGAUAAUUGUCCUGCGCUGCGCAAUCCGAAUCAAUCCGAUGUGGACAACGAUGGUGUGGGCGAUUUGUGCGACAAUUGUCCAACCAUACCAAAUCCCACGCAGGAAGAUCGGGACAUGGAUCUAGUGGGCGAUGCCUGCGACAGCGACAUUGAUGGCGAUGAUGACGGCAUACAGGACUCCGAGGAUAAUUGCCCCAUGGUCAGCAACUCAGAUCAACUGGACACGGAUGACGAUGGCAAGGGCGAUGCCUGUGACGAUGACAUGGAUGGCGAUGGCGUGCCAAACUACAGAGACAACUGUCCACUGGCCAAGAACCCGCAACAGUUGGACAUUAAUCACAAUGGCAAGGGCGAUGUCUGCGAGGACGACGAGGACGAGGACGGCACGCCAAAUAUUAUCGAUAACUGUCCAAACAAUUCCAUGAUACAACGCACCGAUUUCCGCACUAUACGUUCGGUUAUCUUAGAUCCUGAGGGCGAUGCUCAACUGGAUCCCAAUUGGGAGGUGCAUGCAAAUGGUUCGGAGAUUAUACAAACUCUCAAUUCCGAUCCGGGCCUGGUGGUUGGUAGCGAUUCGUUUGGAGGUGUCGAUUUUGAGGGCACUUUCUAUGUCAACGACGAUACGGACGAUGACUAUGUGGGCUUCAUCUUUAGCUACCAGAGCAAUCGCAAAUUCUAUGUGGUGCAGUGGAAGAAGGGCACCCAGACCUAUUGGCACUCGUCGCCUUUCCGCGCCUCUGCCGAGCCGGGCAUCCAGAUAAAACUGAUUGACAGCAACACAGGUCCCGGCUCCAUGUUGCGUAACAGCUUGUGGCAUGCCGGCGACACGCCUGGCCAGGCAAGGCUGCUGUGGAAGGAUCCACUGAAUGCCGGCUGGAAGGAGAAGACCUCAUAUCGCUGGUCCCUGGUGCAUCGACCUUCCAUCGGGCUCAUCAGACUGCGCAUAUAUGAGGGCGAACGUUUGAUAUUGGACUCGCACAAUGUUUACGAUGCCACGCUCACCCUCAAGGGCGGACGACUGGGCGUUUUUUGUUUUUCCCAAGAAAUGAUUAUAUGGUCGGAUCUGGUUUACAAAUGCAACACACGCGUACCGCCUCUCAUCUACAACGAACUGCCCACACAUCUCAAGCUCAAAGUGGAACUGGAGAACUAAGCAGAGCCCAGCCGCGGUGGUUAUAUAGGUUUCUGGUUUCUGGCCUAGCUUUCAAAGCAGCAAAAGAUUGAAGGACUCAAGGAUUCGAAUCGAUUCAAAGGACUAUUACGAAUCUAACGAGGCUAUUCCUUCCAGGAUCAGACAUAUAUUAAGCCAGAUAUAGUUAUUUUUAGUAACAAUCGAAAAUACACGUAAAAAUCAACAAAUCUGUUAAUUU